GAUUUUACAGCCGCCCCUUGUGACGUCACGACUCACCUGUGGGUGGGAGCAGAAUGUGGGAUUAGCAGUAGCCGCAGGUAUUAGCCAAACAUUGGGAGGCUCACGGCAGCGCCGCGCCGACACAAGACUUUUACCAGAGAUGCGUGGACGACCCGAAUGAGCCGCUUCGCCUUGUCCGGUCACGGCAACCGACUUCAGGUUAGCGAAGUAAGUUGGGGGGGAAAUAAAAUCAUCUGGAAAUGUGUCGGCGGCGCAGAAUCCGUCUCCUUGUGUUUGUUUGAAGCGCGAGCAGAAGUUUUUUUUUUUUCCGCUCUGGGAGACUUCCGCGGUUUGUUCGCUUCUAACUAUCAACCACUAGACAGCCACGAGUGUUUUCUCCUAUGCGGUCCCAGGUAUUCUGAGCCAUGCCUGGCCACAGCACCGCGGCUCCCCAGGUGCCCCGUCACCACAGACCCCACGCCUCCGGCCCGCGGGCAGACAAGCACCGACCCACCCGGACCAUCUCCAGGGAGAGCGCGGCGGGCCAAGACGCCUACAGGGACCCUCGCGGCGCACAUCUGCACGAGCACCACGCUGACCGCACCCGGUAUCCGGAGAGCAAAUACGUUUGCGGCAGAGGCUGCCCGCGGAACGGCACGCCGAGGGGCUCGGAGACUAUAGGAUUUAUCCCUGGGUCGGCGGACGGCGCGCCUACCGGCAGGCAUGCCUGCGGCUCCUGCACCUCCAUGGGCUGGACUGGCUGCAAGGCCCUCAUCUGCUGCGUGCUGACCUGUGGCUUUUACGGCAGCCGGGAGCCCUGUCUGCCCGUUAACGAGAGCUCCACGGACCGCCCCCCUAAAACCGGCAGCGAGCCCCACCCUCCCAAUGGCAUGGCUGUGACCAACCCCACCUGUGGCAUCCCCUUGGAGUCCACCAAGUCUACCAAAGCCACCAAGUUGCCCACGAGUGACAGCUUCCGCUACGCCGACGUGCGCAUCAGAGGUCAGACGGUGAGGUAUCCGGUUACUGACGCAAAGCGGACCGGUACGCCGGGCAGGGGGGAAAGCCACCGGCCGGUCAGCAACACCAGCUUGUUGUCACGCGAGGACUAUGAUUUAGAUGACCUGAGUGACACCGGCACCGACAUCGACUCUCUCAUCACCAAGAAGCUGCUGGAGCUUUACGCCCUGCACCAGAUCGACCAGCUGGCCAAGUGCACCUCCGACUCGUCUUUCUCCCGCAAGACCCUCGAGAUCAGCGAGCUCAUCUACAGCAUCGCGCAGGACUACAACCUGGAGGAGCAGGAGGCCGAGUGCAAGCUUGUGCACGGCGUCAUCCGCAUCAGCACGCGGAAGGGCAAGAGGAACAAGAGCCAUCCGUCGGCGGGACAGCGUCCUAAUAAUGGGAGGAACGACGGGACUCUCCCGGACAGUGGCAACGAGACCAUGACCAACACCUUUGUCAGCAGUGACUUUCCAGAGGUGAAAGUGUCGGAGCAGACGCCAUCCGACGAGCUGGCGAGGAAAAUGAGACCCUACAGCGAGAGAACGUACUCCUCCAGCAACACCACAGCCUACUCGGCCUACCACCAUGGCACCGAAAUGGACUCCUCAGGCGCUCCUCUUCUGCUCUGAAGGCUACACAGACGUUCCUUUUACUAACAAGUGAUGCAGCCAACUGGACGGACAAUGAGAUCCUUCUGCUAGUCUCAAUUAUUUUGUUGCUGUUACUAAGCGGAGCACCUUUUACCCUGGGCGGUGGUACUUCUGCUUCUAGUGGUCCGACUAAUGUUUUUUGCGGAUCACUCCAGCAAAAAAACAAAAGGUAUUUUCUUUACAGGGGGAAAGACAUUGCCGGUUUUUAUGUAUUCUUACGCAUUCAAAGGUUUAAAGUUGCUUUUAAAAAAAGAAACAUGACUACACUCCAUGCAAUCUCAGUAGUGAGGCCAGAGGCUAGAGACUGAUGGUUUUGACAGUACUCAUUCUUGUUUAUGCAAGCCGUGUGUGUGAGUGUGUGUGUGUGUGAGAGAGAGAAUGUGUCUAUAGACUCCUGCCAUUUAGCAUGUUUUCAAUCUGUAAUUAAGCCAUAUUUUUAUGUACAUAUUUUAUGUGGAUGUUACUCUCUGGGGUUUUUGUAAAGCAUUUGUAGCAUUGACCAGUUUUUUUUUAAACAUGUUUUUAACAAAAUAAAACUUUUUUUUA